AUGGUGCCGCUACUUGCUCUCUUGGCGGCCGUCGCGCCGUGUGCUGGAGCCCACCAGCACCACAGAUUUCUCGCCAAGCAGCCUACCGUGAAGGUGCUCCAGGCGACCGCCCUGGAUUCGGAGACCGAUGCCGAGUCGAGGACGGGCGAGGAUGCCAGCCACCAAGCUGCCUCCGGGAGCCAGAGGAGCCCCAAUGAGCCCGUGGCGCAGAUCGUCGACCUGUCGCUGCAGAAGCUGCGACACGACAAUGAGGUGGAUGGCAUUGACAUCAACAUAGAGAAAGUCCACACCAACAUGGUGCUUCCCAGUACCUACUCGGUGUCCCUGGUGACGACCACCGGAGCUCCGAGCAGCUACAGCCGCGGGGAGUGCAUGUGCCAGCAGGGCUUCUUCCUGCAUUGGACCACCAAGGAGUGCGUGCCACAGAAGCCCUGGGGCUUCGAGUGUGGCUUCUACCCACGGCAGCAGCAGAAUCGCGUCUGCCAGGAUGGCCUCACCUGCAAGACGCUGAAUGCGACAGACACCUACGAGUCCUCGGGCAAGUACAAAGGCUGGGCCUCCACGGCCCCGGCCACCUGCGAGUACUGCACCGCCGAGGACGACUGCAAGACCGGUAGUGCCAGGCACGUGAAGGACUGCGUCCGCGUCGGGGACCUGAAGCGCAUGGAGGAAGAGGCCGCUGAGGAGGAGAAGGAGCUGGAGCCUUGGGAGGACGACGACGUCUUUGAGGCCUGGGGCCACAAGGGCGCCGAGUCCGCUGAGGACGGCGACCUGAAGCCCUUCGGGCGCCAGGAGCCGAAGAUGUGCGUCACCGUCAAGGUCACGAUUCCGGCCCUCACUGUCCGUGACAAGAGCAUCCGGAUCAUCGAGGCGAAGGUCAACACCACCUUGGAGGUCGUGGCCAACGCAACUCAGAAGGCCGACGCCAACGCCACGGCCACGGCCAAGACGGUGCGCCAAGCUGUCGUGGAGGCCCAGGCUGAGGCCAACGCCAGCUACAACGCGACCGCUGCUGCGGAAGCCACGUACACGGCGUUCGCGGAAGCGAUGGACACGGCAACUGCCGUCUACAAGGCCGUGGCCACUGCCGAAGCCAAGCGCAAGGAAAAGGGCGGUGCCAGCAAGGCCAAGAUUGAAACCGAAGCGACGGCAGCUGCCCGAAGCAACGGCACAGCCAGCUCCAAGGAGAUUGCCAAUGCGACGAGGACGGUCACCUCGCAAGGAGAAGCAGGCGCGACUGUCAAGCUGCGGCAGACUGGGCACGGCAAGGCCGAGGCGAGUGCUGAAGAAAGCGCCAGCGUGCACAUCGAGGAUUCCGCCACCGUGACGAAGAACCGCAUGGUCGAGGUGGAGGGCGUCGGCACCAGGACGAAAGAGUUCAAGGCCACGGCCACGGCCAAGGCCAUCGUCGAGGCCAAAGCUUGCAUCUCCGCCCGCCAGGCCAAGCAGAUGCUGAGCCAGGACAGCCUCCGGCAGUCCGGUGUGCCCUUUGCCCGUGCCGUCUACAAGAAGGCCGAGCGCGAAGCGUACGCCCAAGCCAAGGAGAAGGCCACGAGCUCCGCCAUCAACUUGGCCACGAAGGCGGCCAAAGACCGAAUCGACGCGGACAUCGAAGCGCAGGUGGCCAAGUACACGGAGGAGCAGCGCCCUCAGCUGGAGAAGAUGGCCCUGGAAGAUGCCGUGAACAGCACCGCGGGCAUCAAGAAGACGCUGCAGGAGGCUGCGGUGAAGGAGGCUAUGGCCCGGGCCGUUUCGAAGGUGAAGGCCCGCGCCCCAAUGGUGGCCCAGAAGGAGGCGGAGGCUAAGGUCAAGAAAGCCGCCGCGGAAGAGGCCACCAGGGAGGCCACCAGGAAGGCCCAGAAGGAGGCCCGCGACGGCCUCAAGAGGAAAGCUAUGGUCAAGGCCAGAGAGGAAGCACAGGAGAAGGCGAACGAGAAGGCCAAGGCGAAUGCCUUCAAGGCGGCCAAGGAGGCUGCCGAGGAGGCUGCCAAGGACAAGGCCGCCAAGGAGGCGCGCGAGGCCGCGGAGGAAGAGGCGGAGAAGCUGGCCAAGGCCGCCGCUGAGGAGUCAGCCACGAAGCGAGCAGUUGCGAAAGCUGCACGGAUGGCUUCCGAAGGAGCAGAAGAGACCUCGCAGGCCUCCUCGACCUCAUACUGA